GAAAUCAGGCCAGCUGGAUACUAACGUUAGCUACGCUAGGAGAGUCACUUAGUUUUUUUCGUUUAAUUUCCAUUCAACAAAAUCGAAUUGAGCUUAGCAUACAAAAUGCUUCCCCACCUGAACGCCGAGGAAAGUCUGCCGCCCAGCACACGGAAAGUGUAUAUAAAUCCGAAUUUUCACAGCCAACAAGUGGCACGAGCAGCGUUUUCGCUGCAAGGUCAUAUUACGCACUCACAUCAAUUUCAGAACCACAUACCACCGCCGAUCUCAGCAUUGAGCCAGCCACCAGCCAUACACGUCAACCCACACUUUCUGCAACGCCAACAUGCAAUGUUUGAGCACUAUCAAAUGCAACAGAUGCAACAGAUGCAGCUUCAACAGGUCCCUGUGCCUGUUAUGCCAUAUUAUCCACCAAUAGCAGCAGAGCCCACUCCUGAGGUGGUAAGGUUGCCGCCGCCGCCGCCGCCUCCACCAGUGGCUCCUCAGGCCAAGAUCAUUAACAAAGCCAGCACUUUCCUGGUACGAAAAGUGGCAAAGCCACAGCCUGUUCCAGUACCUGUUCCAACAAAAGUAGUAAAAUCUGCUCCACAAGCUCCCAUAAUUACGAUAUCCAAGAGGAAAAUUGUACGACAGGGUGUGGUCAAGACCACUACACCAGUUCCAGCUCCACCUCAAGUUGCAGCAGUAUCAGCAACCAUAGUACCAACUCCUGCCAAGCGCACCAAAUACAAACUGGUGCGUGCAAUCUCCCUGACAGUGACACCCUGGAUCAAGAAAAGACGUUCCUUGAGAGAAUUUGUCGGCCAAUAUGCCUUAAGGCGUACGAAUGAAACAGGAGCGGUCAAAAAAUUAAGUUCAAAGCCUCUUGUGCUAAAGCGAAGCAUAAACAAAUCGCUGAGCAUGGUUAGCCUCCAUGGAGUGAUGUUCAAAAAGACAGCUAAAAAUAAGCUAACUAAACUGGAUUCCCCCAGAUCGAUGACGACGGUGAAAAAAGCCCCAGCACCUUCCGCUUUAACAAGAACUGUAAAACGAAACAUUUCCGGUCGUACAUUAUUUGUAAGUGGCAAUAAAUUUGUCCUGGAUCCCACGGGCUGUCGUCUGACCAGAGUGCAGACUACAUCCACGUCCCAACUGCCAUUGGUGAAUCCCAGUAAAAUGCCACGGCGUCGUAUCGAUCUUGGUGGACUCACUUAUAUAGCCUCCGCCAAGGCUCAAAAUGUUUUCAUACGCACCACAAAUCAUUUAUCGCGCGCCCAUUUGAUGUCCGCCAGGCAAAGGAGUUUGCAUAUGCUCAACGGAUCGUUGGUGAAGACAAAUGUACCCUGUGCCAUUUUCCAACGAUUAGGCAAGUGUGCUGCCCAUAGUCGAGGAAAGUGCCGCAAAUUGCAUGAUAAACGACAAGUAGCCAUCUGUCCAAGAUUUCUCCACGGCGAUUGUACGAAAAAGGACUGUCUGCUCUCUCAUAAUGUAUCCCUUGAAAAGAUGCCUGUUUGUCGGUUUUAUCUACGCGGUGUUUGUGUCAGAGAGGAUUGUCCCUAUCUGCACAAAAAACUUGGACGAAAGGCAGAGAUCUGCAUUGAAUUCCUGCGUGGAUAUUGUCCGCUUGCUGCCGAGUGCAAUAAACGUCAUGAAUUUAUCUGCCCUGAAGUGGAGCGGAACGGCAAAUGUGAAGUGGCCAGUUGCCCCAUAUGUAAGCAGAAGCCAAAGGCUUUGACCAAAACCAAAUCUGAACCCAAGCCAAGGGUCAAAAGCAAUAUUGUGAAACUAACAGAGGAGGUAACAAAUCCUCCAGAAGCGCCCAGUAGUUCGCGUUAUUUCAAGCAGGAAGAUGACAAAGCAGUGAUAGAUCCCACCUCAGAGCAUGCUAAUGUAGAUAAUACCAAUGAUUUAGACAAACAAACUUCCCAAGAUGUCGACGACGACGAUGACGAGGAUGAGGACGAGGCAUGUGCGGAUGUAAGUGGUCUACAAAGACGUCCUAAACUGGGAAUGCUGCCCGCAUUUAUACCUCUCGGCAACGAGGAAUAGGAUACAACUGACUUGCCUUGGACAUCAUGAUGUUUCAGGUACAAAUUAAUAAUUAUUAUACUUGUUUAGUUUAAGCUACAAUUUCUUUGGUUUUAUUUUAUUUUAUGAAUAAAAUCUAGAUUUCUAAGAAGUAAAUAUAGACGAAACAAAACAAAACAAA